GGGUGCACGGAGCUCCGGGGCGGGGCAGCCUCCGAUCGCGGGCCCACGGGGCCAUCAGCAACCGUACCUCAGCAGCGCGGGUUGGAACAAUGAAGCGCGCCGCGCGGGGCUGAGCGCAGCCACGCAUUGGCUGGGAGGCCGAGCUGUGGCGGGCGGCGACGCGAUCACGCGCUGCCGGAUAGGGGACCACGCCAGCACGGGGUCGACUGAGCCCCCAGCGAGGCCGCGCUUCCCUGGGCGUCCCUGUGAGUGUGGGAGCGCGUUGUGCGCGCGCCCGCCCGCCCGCGUGGCUGCCGGGGAAUAAAAUGUGACACGCACGAGUCUGACUUCGGUGCAGAGCACAGGCGUGGGGACAAGGUUCUGCCCACCUCGCCGUGCGUUAGAAACCUAAGGUGAAGUGCUGGCCUCAGAGGUCUGCAAUGAAACCACACUUGAAGCAAUGGCGACAACGAAUGCUCUUUGGAAUAUUUGUCUGGGGGCUCCUCUUUUUGGCAAUUUUCAUCUACUUUACCAACAGUAACCCUGCUGCGCCUGUACCCAGCUCCUUCUCCUUCCUGGAGAACCAUGGGCUCCUACCCGUGCAGGGCAAGCAGCGGGCCAUCAUGGGCGCUUUGCAGGAGCCCUCCUUGCUCAGGAAUUUGGAGGCAAGCAAAGAGCUGCUGGGCAGUCACCCUGCCAGCCCCUUCCACAGCGGGCCUGUGGACCCACAGAAAUGGGACCAAGAUGGCUUUGACGAUGGGGAUGAGUUUUUUUCAUCCCAGGUCGGGAGGAAGUCGCAAAGUGCUUUCUACCGGGAAGAAGAGGAAGAUGGCUACUUUUUUGCUGCUGGUCAGCCAGGGUGGCACCGCCACACGCAGGGCGCCCUGGGGCAGCCCUCCCCGGAGGAGCCGUCGAGGCGGGCAGGACCCGCCCAGCACAAGCGGGAUAAGCUUCACCGUGCGAGACGGAGCCGCGUGCCCGAGGAGGCCUUCUACGGCGACAUGCUGUCAGCCUCCAUGUCCAGAGCCUUCCUGUACCGGCUCUGGAAGGGGACCGUGUCCUCCAAGAUGCUGAACCCGCGCCUGCAGAAGGCCAUGCGCUAUUACAUGUCCUUCAACAAGCACGGUGUGCACUUCCGCAGGCGGCGCGAAGUCAGGCGCACCGGGCCCGAGCUGCUGUGCGAGCUGCGCAGGCGCGUGCGCGUGCGCACGCUGGACGGCAAGGAGCCACCCUUCUCAGCGCUGGGCUGGCGGCCGCUGGUACCUGGGGUACCUCUGAGCCAGCUCCACCCGCGCGGCCUGCGCAGCUGCGCAGUCGUCAUGUCCGCCGGUGCCAUCCUGAACUCCUCCCUGGGGGAGGAAAUCGAUUCUCAUGAUGCAGUUUUGAGAUUUAAUUCUGCCCCUACACGUGGCUAUGAGAAAGAUGUCGGAAAUAAAACCACAAUGCGCAUCAUUAACUCCCAGAUUCUUGCCAACCCCAGUCAUCACUUCAUUGACAGUUCUUUAUAUAAAGACGUUAUCCUGGUGGCCUGGGACCCAGCUCCUUAUUCUGCUAAUCUGAACCUGUGGUAUCAGAAGCCGGAUUACAACCUUUUCACGCCAUAUAUCCAGCAUCGCCGGAGACACCCAGCUCAGCCAUUUUACAUUCUUCACCCCAAAUUCAUAUGGCAGCUUUGGGACAUUAUCCAGGAGAACACAAGGGAGAAAAUCCAGCCCAACCCACCAUCUUCUGGGUUCAUUGGCAUCCUCAUCAUGAUGUCCAUGUGCAGUGAAGUGCACGUGUACGAAUACAUCCCAUCCGUCCGGCAGACGGAGCUCUGCCACUACCACGAGCUGUACUACGACGCAGCCUGCACCCUGGGGGCGUACCACCCGCUGCUCUAUGAGAAGCUCCUGGUGCAACGCCUGAACAUCGGCACCCAAGCGGAUUUGCACCGCAAGGGCAAGGUGGUACUGCCAGGCUUCCAGGCCCUGCGGUGCCCAGACACCAGCUCCAACAAUACGUACUCUUAAAAUGGAACUCUUGGGAACUGAUGUGCAAUAAGGUACUACUGCUGUCCUCAGAGUCACAGAAUACUUGAAGAUAGAUUUAGGCAAUGUGCUGUCUUUAACUUAGUGGCCAUGAGAAUGCUUUCUGGUCAAAGGCAUUGGGUAACUAUUACUGAUAGGAAUACAGAAAUGGGCCUUUAAAAUUAUCCAAGAAAGAAGCAAAAACAGGAUGCACAGAAAGAAAUCAGAUGCAUACCCAUGGGCACGAUACCUCUAAACAUGUUAACCUCUACAGCAGGGACACUCUAUCACAGGUGGUUCCAGCCACAAGUUAGGGAGAUACUACUGAUAAUACCAGUUCCAUCAAGAAAUAGCCAAGUGGAGCCUGUCGGCCACUUGCCCAUGCAUUCCUCACGAAGCAGCCUGGAUUCUGUGACGGCUGUCUGAAUUCGCACCCAGGCCUGUUUAAAAUCCUUCCAUGCAUCUUGUCAGCCACACGGUUUUCAACCAUGACCUUGAAGCUCUGCUUCCCAGUGCUCUCUGGAUGUUAUGGCUGAGAACCGGGCCACACUUAGAAAAGUACCACUCAUCCGUGCCAAGAAGCCAAGCCAAACCCCGGCUGCUAGGAAAAAGCAGUGUCUUUGUCCCCCUGCAGCAUCCCUUCCGUGGUCAGCAACACUUGGCACACACACAGGCAGCAGUCCAGGUGGUGCCUGCUGGGUCAUGACUGGUCAGGUGACUGUCCCCUGGCUAUUCCACUUUAUGCACCUGGCCUGCCGAGGUGCUCUGUAGCUGUCACAUAGCCAGUGACAUGCAGGGUCGCUACAGGUCAACCAGGGAACACCCUUGUUCCUCCAGAAUGUAAAGAGAAGGUUUGAAGUGCAUAUUCUGAAUUGCAGGGGUACACUCCUAUCGUUUCUGUGUGCAAUUUCUGCAGGCUUUUCUCAGCUGUUCAAAACUUGCCCCUCACGCACUCUGAAUGUCCCCCAGACCUACUGACAAACAGCUAAGAGUCCAUCCUUGUUUCCAUAGGGAUUUUUUAUGUUAACAAUGUGAAAGAGCCUCAGAAUGGCUUUUAACAAGGUGAAUGUGUGUGUGGCAGAGGUACAGGCAGGAGAAAGUAUUCUUCCCAGUGCAUAACUGUACUGAGAUUUUUAACCUAAGCUUCUAUCACUAAUAUAUCCUUUUGUGUGGGUUUUUGUUUGUUUGUUUUUCAAUGAAGGUAGUGGGACAGAAGCAUUUUAGAAUUCUGUAAUUAAACAGGCUGUUGUUUCAAUAUCAAAUCAAAGCAACUCUCAGUUGUAUAGUUAAGAUGUUUUGGCAGCGACAAUAGUUUAAUUAAAUGCAAACCCUUUGCAAAAUGUGUGGCUAUCAAAGUUUUGUAGAGAAAGAAAAAAAAGUCGUUUCCCAAUGAGUUUGUUGUGGAAUGCUCUAAGGACUGCUUCCUAAGGAAGCAUAGUUUUCUGAGCCCACUAGCUUCUGUUUGGUUAUUCUCCCCAGCAGAACGGAAGCAGGCUACAGACAUCCCUAGUGGCUUGCUCCGGUAUUAAUUGAGUAGAGUCAGGGUUUUGGUUAUGACUGCAUCUGCUGAGAGCCCAUUCUGAGUUCCACAAGGGAGCAUCAUCUUUUCAUUCUGGUUCAGCCGUGCAGUCUCACAGAAGCUUGGCCCUGUCCCCAUGCUGACCUGUCUAAUCCUGACUGUAACUCUGUAGGAGGAAGUGCCGGUGUGGGAUGCGUCUUUACUUCUGGAGUCCUUGGAUAUUUCUGGGUCUUCCAGGCUUUGCCAUUAUAAAUGCUCACAGCCAUUAAGUUUCCUUUUGUAGUCCUGAUGGGGAUUCACUUACAGGCAUACUUAUUAUCCCAGACAAUCCCCUUUGGUGGCGUGAGAAUUUGGUUAGAGAAUAACUUAUUGAGGUCAGUGUAAAUAUUCAAGUUCAAAAGCCCCACAAAACACUUCGAAGGUUGUUAAACAGCAUUCUGCUGUCUCACAUGUACUUUUAAAGGGUGGCUCUCAGUUUUACAGGGGUUACAGGAAGACCACAGAGCAUAAAGGAAAUUUAAUUAAAGUCUUUGAAUUUAUUAUGGCCCUAAAGACUCUUGGGACUCAGAGUCUGUUAAACAUUCAGAAAAUGUGGUGCCCAUAUUAACAUACUGUUGGCUAGGCACUCCUGUACUUAAAUGUUUAAGUAGCUUAGCCUCCUGCAAAUGUCACACAGUGAUGGCUAAUGCGACGGCCAGUUCUUGUAUUAACUAAAUGGGUCCUAAGUGGCAGUGUUUUGCCAGACAUUGAUGAAAUCCUUCCACAGCACAUUUACUAACCUGCAGUGAACCCCACGGCAGCUGUGGAAUAGCCACACUAACCGGCCUGCCACCUCAUCUCUGGCCCUGGCUCUUCCAAAAGUGUCCCACCUCUUCUGUGAAGGGACCCUGGUUAGAUCCCCAUGGUGCCACCAGAAACCACCAGGUGCUGCUUUCUCCGCCCUCAGGUCCGAGAGAUUUCAUGUUCCUUUAUGUUGCAAGAAAUAUCAACACUCUGUUUCUUCUUGUCGUUGUUGUCCCCGUUGAAAAGACACUAGUGUUGUCCAGGAAAAACAGUUCAGUCACUUCCAGAUUCUCUCUAACUUGUGUCUCACUGCUCACACGAGGCAAGAGAUUAUGUAUAAUGAGGAUGCUGAACCACAGACAACUCCAUGAAAUAUCAGGACUGGGCCCAUGUCACUGACCAUGCUCACCACAUCCUCACAAACCUAGUUCUUUCUAUGCAGGACUCUGAAAGGAGAAGUAUUGAUCAAAUAAGAAGUUGCAUGCAGGCAUCUAAGAUGUGCUUCCAUAGGCAAGUUAGGGGCUUGAGACCAUCUGCACUGCUGUGUCUUUUCCUACCUGAUCUCUGAGCUCACGCUGCUUUGCUUCAGGAAUGGGACUUUGCUUGUGUCUUGACCUCAUGGUCUCUCAGCCAGUCAACCUGGACUCUCUGGUAGUCCUCUGCCAUUGGAACCAUAACAUCUGAGCAAAAGCAGUGCUACGGUGUCGUUACUCUUAUCAGAAUUGAAUGUCAAAAGGCCUGGCUUACUCUAUCGUAUUUAUGAGCUAGUUCAUCUGCUAGAGCAGAGUCAGCCCAUGCUGCCAGCUGACCAUACUCAUAUUUUCUGGAUUAAGGGGGCACACCUUGGGUGCCUCAAGUGGCAUCGUCUCCCAUAAGUUAUGCUAUGAUAAAAAAAUGUGUGCACCAGUGGCUUGAUUAAGUUGUGUCCGAUUUUCUUAGGACACAUGGUACACUAGUCUCCAGCCCUGUCCCAUCUCAUUGUCUGUUUCGGUUUCUGGCUUUCUGAUAGUUCGAAUGCUACUCCCUGGCUCUGUGUAGACUUGACUGGCUUAGGUAAAAUAUGCCUGCAUUUCAACACGCUUUUUCUAUCUGGACAUUUGCAUUGUGAGAUCAUUCUAUAUUCCUGUCACUCGGGCUUUGUUUAGCCACUCGGUGAGUGAGCAGCAUGUCUCUAGCGGCUCAAGAAAAUAAAAUGCAAGUUCUGGUUCUUGUUUUGUUAAAUGAAUGAAGCCUUCAAUAGCAAAGGAAACUCAAUAUGUUCUCUACAGGAUUAGGGUAGUGACGUUUGCAGAGUUAAGGCUGCUGAUAGAGUUCUUAACCUAAGAGUGUGCAUGUAGAUAGUUAUAUAACUGUAUAUAUACUUAUCUACACACAUGGUAGGUUUUUGUAUUGUCUUUUUCAUUCAUCUUUAUGAUAAAAACUUUACAAUAAAUUUUAUUUUAAUUUUUAAAACACUAAUUUUUAAGAGAAGGAAGCAAAUAUUUUAUGUCCUUCUGCUAAAAAUAAACCAGUCUUCUACCCUCCCCUCCCCCCCACACACACACACUGCCGUUCUACAUGUCAUGGCCACUUUAACAAACAAUGAAUAACCACUGAAAGGUACAGUUCAUAGAACCAUUACCCAAGUGUUGUCUUUGUCAGAAACCUGAUAAAAUUCUGAAUUUUUAAAGACUCUCUUGACUGCCCAUGGCUUUUUACAAGAUUAAGGGAAGAAACAGAAACAUUUGUUGAUUCUCUGGAGAACAGAUUUCAACAAAGCAAGCGCAACAGUAGUGUUUAAACCUAAGUUUACAACACCUGCCCUGUUUUGCUCUAGAUAAAUCCUUACGGAAUCUUUCUGCUGGAAACCAGUGAACUUUUUUAAAGGCUUUGGGAAUUCUUUUGUAUGAUAAUUUUUAAAACAAAACGUGUUCUCUUCAAACUAAUUAAUGGCUUGAGGUUUUCCAAGAAAUGCAUUUUAGAAGUGUUUGUACACAUUUUAACACUUGGAUAUUUUCUAUUUUGGUUUUGUAUAUUUUUAUGUGUACACAGUGUACAGACUUGUAAAUAAAA